UUUAUCAUGAUUUAAAAGAUUUCAUCAUAUUAUGCAAAGUAUUAUUAGUGUAAUUAAACCCAUGAGUUUUUGGGGUUUUCCAAAAUUUCGAUUUCCGCAUUUAAAACAAAAAACUAAAACAUCAUGAUAAAGUCAGUUUGACUAAUUUUGUGUAAUAUUGAUACGAACUCAUCAGAGGAAUCCGAGUUUUGAGGUUUCAUUCAACCAAUAAAGAAAAUUCGAAUUAAUUUUGUCCUCUACAAGCCUGUCAAAAGAGGACGUGCCUACGAGGCCGCCAUCACGGCAGUAUGUGCAAAGCUUGGCAAGCGGGUUUGUGACACAAGAUACAAUGCUUUUUGUAUUUUAAUAUGACGUCCCAAAGAAUGGGAUAUCAUUUUCAUCUGCUAACUGUACAAACCAGCUGAUUGGUAGGCCCUGGUCUCACAUUUUCAUUUAUUUGGGUGGCAAAAUGAAUGACACAAAAGAGCCUCCACCCCGUAACGAGCCCGUUGUGGAGCCCGUUAACGGGGUGGUACAACCACCUGUUAAUCCAUCACCAGACAGGCCAGGUCGUGUGACAAAUCAGUUACAGUUUUUGCAGAAGACUGUGCUGAAGGCGGUUUCAAAACAUCAAUUUGCUUGGCCUUUUGCCUCUCCUGUUGAUGCAAAGAAACUUAAUUUGCCCGACUACCAUAAAAUUAUUAAGCAACCAAUGGACCUGGGAACAAUUAAGAAAAGGCUGGACAACAAUUACUACUGGUCGGGCAAAGAGUGCAUUCAAGAUUUCAAUACAAUGUUUACAAACUGUUAUGUGUACAAUAAACCUGGUGAGGAUGUGGUUGUGAUGGCACAAACUUUGGAGAAAGUGUUUCUCACCAAAGUUGCUGACAUGCCCAAAGAAGAAUAUGUUGUUGAACUCCCUACUAAAGGAACAAAAGGUAAAAAGGGUGGGAGGACUAGUGGAACACCUACAGCUGGGCCAGUAACGCCAUCAGCUGGGAGGGGUAGACCGCCUGGUGCUGUUUCAUCUACAAGUGCAACUCCUGUAGCAACCACAACAGGAUCAUCUGGUCUACCAUUGGGUACACAACCUCCCACAACAGUUCCUGGCAGUACUGCCACCACAACAAUUACACCCGCAACAACCCACAGCUCUCUCCCCCCUCAACCUAUAUCACAAAACUACCAUACAAAUUCACUAGAUCCUUUAUCCACUAAUGUUUUACCAGGCAGCGUAGUACCGCCUUCUCAACCUGCGAAGUCAAAGAAAGGAGUGAAAAGAAAGGCUGAUACGACGACGCCGACGGCGAACGCGUACGACUACACUCCACCGUUGGAAUCAAAAUCGGCGAAAAUAAUUAACCGGAGAGAAUCGGGCAGGCAAAUCAAGAAACCAGUCCGACCCGAACUUGACGGAAUGAUACCUUAUAAUCAAGCCACUAUUGCGCCUCUGAUGACCAAUACCUCUGCACCACAACAUGCUUCAAUAAAACCUAAAGAGAAGUUGAGUGAAGCACUGAAAGCCUGCAAUGAAAUUUUGAAGGAACUCUUCUCGAAAAAACAUUCAAGUUAUGGGUGGCCAUUUUACCAACCUGUUGAUGCCCAGUUACUGGGUCUUCACGAUUAUCAUGAUAUUAUAAGAAAGCCUAUGGAUUUAGGUACCGUUAAACAAAAAAUGGAUAACAGAGAAUAUCGUACUGCCCAAGAGUUCGCAGCCGAUGUGAGACUGAUUUUUACUAACUGUUAUAAGUACAAUCCUUCAGAUCAUGAUGUGGUCGCAAUGGCUCGAAAGUUACAAGACGUGUUCGAAGUCAAAUUUGCCAAGAUACCAGAGGAGCCUGUAAAUAGGCUAGGCGGUGUGACGGUGAAAUCUGAAUCGAGUUCGUCCGGUUCCAGUUCAGAAUCGUCUAGUGAAACGGAAGACUCUGAAGAGGAACGACGAAACAAGCAAUUGAAAUCACUAGAAAAAGAGUUAUUCGCAAUGCAAGAGAAAAUGAGGAAACUGAUGGAGGAAAGCACCAAGAGGAAGAAGGAAAAGAAAAAACUGAAAGAGAAAGACAAGGCUAAGAAAGUGUUACCGAACAGUAAUAAUAGUAUUGGUAAGCCGGGAGCGCAUGGAGCACUAAUAAAGUCGAACAGCGUUGUAGACAGCGUUGACGACAGCAAUCCUGGAGUGGUAUCAGGGGCCGAUCUCAAGAUUGUUGGUGACACUCAUCAUCCAACAGGCAAGUCCCUCAAUAUGCACCACAAUGCAGGUGCUGGCGCCAACGCUGCUACCACAACAAAAUCAACAAAGAGUAAAGGUUUGCGCACACCAAAAGCGGCCGCAGCAACUCCUGGUGCGGUGACGGCAGCAGCCCGCAACAAUCGUAUGACCAAACCUGCAAACAAGCAGGGUCGGAAGAAGCAGCAACAGGCGCAGGCGCCCGUCCCCGCAUUCGACUCAGAGGACGAGGACAAUGCCAAGCCAAUGUCUUACGACGAGAAGCGGCAAUUGUCUUUGGAUAUUAAUAAGUUGCCGGGUGACAAAUUAGGAAAGGUUGUACAUAUAAUUCAAUCUCGAGAGCCUUCGCUACGGGAUUCAAAUCCAGACGAAAUCGAAAUAGAUUUCGAGACGCUUAAGCCGUCUACCCUAAGGGAGCUCGAGAGUUACGUCGCAUCGUGCCUACGUAAAAAGCCACGUAAGCCAUACUAUAAAAAAGUACAGGGAAAAUCAAAAGAUGAACAAAUGGCGGAAAAGAAGCAAGAAUUGGAGAAGCGACUAUCCGAUGUCAAUGAUAAAAUAGGCACAAAGAAGGCCGUUAAGAAAGAUGAAGCAAACAAAGUAGACCCGACGGGGGCGAGCGGUCCGUCCGGCAGACUGUCGUCCAGCUCUAGUAGUUCGGACUCCGACUCGAGCAGCUCGAGUCUGUCAAGCAGCAGUAGCGAUUCCAGUGACAGCGAAGCAGGUACCAGUAAAGGUCAGCCAAAAAAGAAGGCAAAAAAAUCACCUAACCCAUCCGUAGGAAACACAGCACCGAGCAUACAGAAACCACCAAUAUUACCACCACAACCAGCACCACCAAACGUCGCACCACCAACAAACAAUACAACAACAAAUUUGCCUGUGGCCAGCAGCAGCAGUAAUCAAGUUCCCCCAACCGUCUCCAAUCCAACGACCACAUCCCAACCUCAAACUGUGAACAACCACUUGACGAGCAAUAAGCCCGUCACAGUUCCUAGUCCAAUGCCACCUGUUGCUAAUCGCAAGCCAUCUAUCGAAAAACCUCCGGUUUCUAUGCCCGCACAAAAUCCAGCACCUCCAACUGCCCCGCAGGUUCCCAAACCAGUCGCCCUACCCACACCUUCGCCUGACAAGCCUAAACCUAAUAUUUUGUCACCCAUGUCUAGCUCAUACACGGACCCUUUAGAGCAGUCUCUGGCUAGCAUGCAUGAAAUCGCCAAGUCUGAUCCCAUGGAAAUCAAGUCCGAAAGUCUGGAUUUGCCCGGAAAUUUAAUGCCUCCUUCUCUUAGCAAUCCCAUGAUGAAUCCCAACAUCAACUCACUUCCUAACCUCCAUCCUGCUGUUUUACAGCCGAACAUGGCCAUGGACUUGAAACCGUCCAUGGGAAUGCCACCGAUGAUACCCGCUAAUUCCAUGAUGAUGCAUAAUCCUCUGGAAAGCGAGAUCGCUUCUAUGAUGCAAAACAACCAACAAUUCAUGAUGCACCCACAAAAUAAUGGAAUCGGCAUCAAAAACGAGUUCGAUAUGCACACGAACAACAACGGUAUGCCGAACAUGGGCCUGUCCAUGGACAUCAACAUGGGAUCCGUGUUCGAUCCGAUGCAACAGGCCAUGAAUAAUUCCACAAUUAAACGAGAGUCGAACCCACCUAAGAUGGAGGACCGUCUGGACAUGGCGUACAUGGGCAUGAACAACGAUAAGAAGCCACCACACAUGGACCAGCAAAAAAUGUCGCAGUCGUUCAGCGGGGCACCGGGCUACAAGCCGGUCAAGUCGGAGUCUCAUAAUGUCAAAAACGCUACGUCGUGGUCAAGCUUGGGCACGAGCCUGACUAAAAACACCUCGCCACAAAACAACACUGCUCAGUGCGGAAGCAGUAACAAGCAAGUGAUGGAGAGCUUCAAAGCCUUCCAGACUAAGGCCAAAGAAAAGGCCGACAGAGAGAAACAACGUUUGGAGAACUUGGAAAUGAAGCGGCAACAGCGCGAGCAAGCCGAAAGAGAACGACUAAGAGCUGAAAAUGAGAGGCGGCGAGAACGUGAAGAGGAAGAUGCCCUUGAAAAAGCAAGAAGGGUUGAUUAUAGGAAAGCGGUUGCGGAACAACAACAACCUUUGCCAGCACAACGAGUCGAAGAACUGAGAUCCUCUCCCGGAGAAGGAAGCAUAUCACCCGGAUCUCAAAGUUCUGGAUCGGAGAAAACGGAGCGAGAUAGACAGCGGUUGCAGGAACAAGAGCGAAGAAGACGAGAAGCGAUGGCAAACAAAAUAGACUUGAACAUGCAAAGUGAUCUUAUGGCUGCAUUUGAAGGUUCGUUAUAAUAAAGUAGUGAGUGAAUGCAUAGUGGCAGAACACUUCCAAAGUGAAAAUUUAUGUAAUUAUGUGUAUUUAUACAAUAAUUUUAUCAGGUGUUAACUGACAUUAAUUAGAUCGCUCAAAAAAAAAAUUUUUUGAGGCUUCCAGCAUGGGUUGAGCUUUGAAGAAUAUAAUAACAUAUGAUUUCUUGUGUCUAACUCAUGAUUUUAACUGAUUUUUAUAAUUUAGGAAAUUUUCACGUAGAAUGUACAUAGAUUUGAAUUUAUAACCAUUAUGAUGAUUGUACAGAUACCAUGGGUUUAGAAUAAGUUUUUCACAAUUUAUUUAUAUUAAAUAUGUAGAGCGUUAUAAAACAACAAGUGAAAAUGUUCAGAAUACUUUAGUACCAUAUGUUGACAUAAUUACCUCAUGGUUUUUAAUUUUUGGUAUGUGGUUUAAUAAGUGAUUAGGAUACUCAUAAUUUUUAUUUAGUGAUUUAAUAACUUUGCUGCACUUUGGCACUUGAUUUGUUUUAUAUGCUUUUUGUAUUUACAAAACAUUUAUUGAUCUAGAGAAUUUACAGGAAUAAAUAUUAUUUCUCAUAUGAGACAUAUACAUUUAACAUAUUAAUAAACAUAGACCUGACCACAAUUUAAAUAAUAAAUCCAAAUAUAUCUAUAGACUAGAUAAUUUUAUAUUUUAACUAAUAGAAUUCUAGAUGUGAAAUUGGAUUUGUAAGAUGUUUAUUACUAUUACGUAAUGGCGUCUUCAGGAAAUUUGUACAUUCAUAUUUCAAUGGCAGUAAAUUAAAACAUUUUAUAGAUAAACUUAUUUAUUUAAAUAAAUAAAGUAUAAAUCGUUUUUAAGAAUAUAAGAGGUUUUUUAAAAAGACAAAAUAUUAAGUUUAAAUCUGACCUUCAACUAGUGUAUUCGAAAAUAUUUAAUAUUUAAUUUGGUGGUUUAUUUUUAUUCGACCAGGUAUUCAAUGUCAAUUUUCGCAUUUUAGAAAACUACCUGCAAAGUUUCAUGUGACUUUUGGGAUUUGUAAUUAUUGGGAGUCUAUUUUCUAAUAACUUACAAAUAUAAAUUAAUAUGUUGGAUGUUUAAUUGGGUUGUGGAAUUUAUCUUUGCUAGUUGUUAUCCCGAAAUCGAGUGUAGAGAUUAGGAUGAUCUCAGUAUUUUAUAUAGUUCUACAUUUUAAUGGCCCCAAUAAAGAGAGUACAAUCAUAUUUUUGCAACUAAAAAGUUAAAUACUCAGUUUGAAAAUUGGUUUGAUUUAACUGACACAUCAAGUCAGGUUUUCGGUUUACUUAUAUUUAGGUCACUUUGUUGUGGUAUUUAAAAUUUUCAUUAAAAAAUGGAAUGUGGUCAAGGAGAUAUAGCAUAUUCUUAGAUAUGACAUUGUAUCAAGAAAUUAUAAAAAUUUUAAAAAAAUCUAAAAUUUUAAGUAACUGUUUAAAAAUUGAGUUCACUAGCAAUAAGGUAAUAUUUUGUUUUGAUAUCUUGAAAGAACUUUUUGAAUAAACUAGAAACUAGAUCGAUUAGAAAAAAAAAUUAAAAAAUAUUUAAAAUGUGUAUAUAUUUAUCCACCAUCCGUUCAAAUUGGCUUUAACCCUUAUGUUAUUAUGAAUAAUGGUAGGUCCUAUUUAGCUAAUAUAUGUUUUAUUAAUUAAAUAUAUUACGACGGAUAAUUUAAAAUGUGUGUAUAAUACCACCAUUGUCAUGUGUUAAAAAUUGAUACAAAAAAAUUAAUUCUAAUGGAUUUAUUGACAUUUUUUAAAUUGACUUCAGACUAUCCCGAUUUUUUAUAUUAUUGAAGAAACAAGUACGUUUCAUUUGGAAUGGAUCAGAAAACCGAAACCACCGAACUUCCAUUACUUAGACUGAAGUUACUUGUUAAAUUUUUUUAGCCUCCACACGCCAUAUAUAUUCUCAUAGUCAUACACAUCAUACAGAAAUCGCCUUAUUACAGAGUUUAUUCAAACAGUCCUUAAUUUAUUAGUUCAAAAUGCUUUGAAAAACGCUGUAUAAAUUAUUGUAAUAUAUUAAGCAGGUAAUGUAACUGUAGUUGUAGAAAUAACUUACAUUACCAACCACGUUUCACUUUCAAUUUAUACAAAACGAUCGACACCCUGCGGUUACUAUACUGCCUAUUUAUACGAUGUUUUGAAAAUUAAUUAAACUACAUGUUAGAAAAUCAUUUGAUUGUUUUGUAUAAAAUGAACUACAAAAUGCAACUGAGCAUUUUUUUGAUAAAAUAAAUAUUUGAAUUACCCUUAUUUAUAAUGAUAAAUGUAAAAUAAUUUAUGAUGUAUGGCUGUUAUAUAUUUUUUCAUUAUUUUCAAUUAAGUCAUAAAUAGUGAUGUUAGAAUAAAUAUUUAAGACAUGAUA